AUGACAGUGUGUAAUGUGAACUUGGAUCUAGGUUUCCUAAGCAAUGAAGAGGCACAUGCGGUUGUUGAAGUUCUAGAGAGAGACAAGCGUCUAAAGGAGAUUGAAAAGGAGAGGAUCGGGUAAGUAAGACUGUAUACUUUACUGUAAAAUAACUGCAUUUGAUUUUUUAAAGUUGGAUUUGAGAUGAAAAGGCAAGCUGCUUGAAUCGUGGGUUUCUGUCUGUCUUUCUCUCUCUGUGUGUGUGUGUGUGUGUGUGUGUGUGUGUGUAGCUACAUACUUUAUAUCUGACUAAUCAUUUAUAUAUGUGUGCUCACCAGACGUCUGCUUGAGCAGCGGGGGGACAGAAAGUCUGUAUUAGGAUGGCCAGAGAACCUGAGAAACCAACAGACUAACAAGUGCAGUGUCCAUCCAUCCCAGUCACCACACAGCACUAACACAGGUGAGGACAGACCACCAGAUACACUGUCUACACCAGUGGAGGCUGCUGAGGGGGGAACGGUUCAUAGUAAUGUCUGGAACGGUGCAAAUGGGUUGGCAUCAAACACCUGGAAACCAUGUGUUUGAUGUAUUUGAUACCAUUCCACUGAUUCCGCUCUAGUCAUUACCAUGAGCCUGUUCUCCCCAAUUAAGGUGCCACCAGCCUCCUGUGGUCUACACACACUGAUGCAUGUAUACACAGGGGAGCAACAUCCACUGGGUACGGGGGGGACAUAUCCCCCCCACAUUCUGAAAUUGCAUUUUUGUCCCCCCCAGUUUUAUCAUUGGAAUGUGAUACAAAACGAGGCAACGGUGUGCUUUAGGACCAUGCGGACGCCUAUAAGCGGUCGGGUAGUCUGUUUGAGUGUUUAUCCGACUGGAUAAUUUUUAAAAAUAUAUAUUAAAGUAAAUAUGUCCCCCCCACUUCUAAAACAAAAGUUGUGCCCCUGUGUAUGCACAUGGGUGGCAGAACACAGUGCUAUAGAGUUUCAGCUCUGUCUGUGGGAAUGGACACAGAACUUUUCGUCACACCCCACAGUAAAUGAGAAGGCUUAUAUUCCUACCUGAGAUGGAGGAAACGUCCAUUCCCAGAGGCACAGAAACCUGUACAAUAUCACGAUUAUUGUGAAUAGUCAGAUUAAUAUCAUAGUUCGAUUUCAACGUUUACAUGCUUUGCAAGAAGAACGAUUUCCCUAAUAAUCCUGUUUAUAUGGACACAUCUGAAAUCAGGCUACCUGAUAGGACUUUGAUAAAUGCAGAAAAUCGGGAAUCAAAAUAAACGUUGUUUACAUGACUAAUGCUAUAACCGGCCUACUGCCAUAAUCAAUUUCAUAUCGAAUGAUUUGUGUGUCUGUAAACGUACUCACUGUGUUUCAUAUGUAACAUUACCAACUAUGAAGCUCCUGGUCCUGAUGCCAGGAACUGCUCUGGUUCUACAGGGUUAAAAGUGUCCUCAUAACUUAACAGAUGUGUCAUAACAUGACUCUUUCCAUAUACUGUAAUUAUCUGUAUAUGUACUUAUGGUUAAUUGUUAACUUGCUCUGUUGAUGACUGGCUAGACGUAUGUUAGGGAGAAUAAUCACUAUUAUGUAUUACAUGUAACAUGAACUGUAACCCUGAAACCCUACCUCUUCAAAUAAAUGUAUCUUAAAUAAAUCCCACAAAAAAUAAAGAAAACAAUCUGCACUUGUCCUUUCCUACUAGCACUGACUUUGCUAUGAACUACUUUAUUGAGUUAAAAUGUACUUACUACGACUGUGAUAUGUGGUUGUCUCACCUAGCUAUCUUUAGAUGAAUGCACUAAUUGUAAGUGGCUCUGGAUAAGAGCGUCUGCUAAAUGACUAAAAUGCUAAAUGUAAGGUGAGCCAUUGACCCAGAAAUGGCCUGAAAUUGCCCUUAGGACAAGCGAUGACUAAUUAGAUGCCAGAGCAAUGUAAGAGAUGGAAUCUGAUCUGCUACUCCUGCAAUGAGAGCAUGACUAGGUCACUACUGGUUACCUAACUGUAGAUAUUGCUGCUACUCAUAAGGUUUGCAGGGUCAGGUUAGUCAGUCAAGCCCAUACAGUCCUACUCUUUAUCAUUGGCUAUCAUAGUUGGUAACUCAGUGCUGCUUGUCCUGAGUGAUAUUUCAACACAUUGUCAUUCUACAGAGCAGCAAACUGUGAGAAGUAAGCCAAUGAAAGGGAAGGAUGACGGUAGCGGAAGACAUACAACUCUGCGAGCCCGUCUCAGCUCCAUGUUCAGCCUCAGGGUCCCUAUGAGGGGCAGCAGAGACCCUGGAGGGAAAAACAACAGCCAUAACAAUGGGUGAGCCUUUGUACCAAAUAAGUAGCUAGUACACUUACAAACAUGGUGGAAACAUGCAGAUUACUGUACAACAGUUUUCAGAGUAUGAAAUUAAGGUACAAUUGUAUUCUAAUGCAUGCUUUAUCCCCAUCCCCUAGGGUUAGCAACAUCCCCUCAUCUGGAGGACAAAGCUUCAAAGACAAGAGUACUGAGGCAAAGCAUGUGGAGGAGCAAAUAGGUGAGCUUGCAGAGGAGCCUAACAAGGAGGUGCACACAGAGGAGAAGCUCACCAAUGAGGUGCACACAGAGGAGGAGCUCACCAAGGAGAUGGACACAGAGGAGGAGCUCACCAAGGAGAUGGACACAGAGGAGGCACACACAGAGGUGGCACACAGAGAGAAGGAGCUCACAGAGGAACCUGCAAAGGAGGAGCCCAUUGAGGAUCAUUCAGUGGAGUCUAAUAAGGUACAGACUAGAGCAUAAUGGUCCUCAGUAGGUGUGUAGUAACCAGUGCCUGGGUGUUCCCCUCACCUUUGGGCCUAUAAUCUCCUUGUAAAGUAUUGCUUUCCGCACUGCAUCAAAGUUCUCGUAUUUCACACACCCCCUUCAGGGAGCCUUUUCAACACCUGGGUGUAUCCUCAACAGGUUUCCACGCCUAUGACACAUGCUUGGGUAAACUCAGCAGCUUGUGACAGUUCUUGAGAACAUAUUCUAACCUAUUCUCCUAUAUCUCUCUGUCAUGUAAUUUAGCUUGAUAACAUGUUUGCACUCACAACCACAUUUAUUUGAUGAACCAAAAUAUUGAUUAAUUGGGAGUUGCACAAAUUGUUGAGUUAUUAUGAGAUUGGUCCAUAGCUUUUGAUGAACUCACGGAUCAAAGGUUGACUGCAAAUAUUGAUUAAUAUCCCUCUAUUGUAUGUUUGCACCAGGCAUAGCAGGUGAUUUGCAUACUUAAACUAUUUAUCUCUGUCUCUCUGUCUCUCUCUCUCUCUCUCUCUCUCUCUCUCUCUCUCUCAUUUACAGGUGAUAGGACCUGCUGCCUCCCCUGAGGGUGAAACAGGGAAGAGAAGAACAUAUCUACUGGAAACAGGUGGAAAGCAGGAGAGCUCCACAGGUGUGUAAUAGCUCCAGUCCUCCCCUGGUUCUUUACUAAAGGACAGAUAGUAAACUGUGUUUUAUGAUUGCAGCUACAGUGGCUCCCAGUUGGGUGGGGGAGUGAAACAGACACUUAAACAGUUCACUUGAGCAUUCUGUAACUCAUGUACACACAAAUCGAGCCAUAUAUACGUUCAGCUGUGGUGGGUACUGUGGGGGUACUGUUUGGUGUACUCAGUGUAUAUACAUACUUAAUCAAGAAAUUAGAUUAUAUCUCUCUCAAAGAGGCUGGUUUCCUAGCAAAUAAAUGGUUAAUAAAAUUGUGAACAACUGUGUCAAAGGUGAAUGUACCAAUCUCAUUCUCUUCUAUGGACAUAGGUCAGGCUCACUGCAGCAGCUAUCAGAGAGAGGACCAAAUAAGUUCUGGAGUGACUGAACCAGCGUUAGCACCACGGUCAGCCAGCCACCCACCAGUGAAGCAUGAGGAUCCUACAUCUAUCCCUAGGAGAGGAGAACACAUCCAACCAUCAGCUGAAUUGAAAACGUCUAUUCGCUUUAGCCCAAAUCUGAGCAUAUUUAGCUGCCCGAUCCGCCCCCACCACUCUGACAUCUCCUCCCCCUUCCUUGCACCUCAAGAGCAGUCCCUGCCCAGGACUGACACUGUGGAGAGUCUUUCCCCUGAGGUUACGAACAUUCCCUUUCACAGCCCACAUCGACCACCAAAACUUCAGUCUUCUGACUUGAAGAGGAGACAGCUUCAGAAGGCCUCUGGUCGGGCCGUAACACCAUAUCGCCAUUUGUCCUUGAUCAGGCCAUGGAGUGUGGAGUCACCAGGAACAUUCUCCUUGCUAAGACCAAGCAACUCCACCACACUGCCCACCUCCCAUCAUGUAGAGACCCAGGCUGAAGCUUCUGGCCUCUCCUCCAACCUCACCUCCGUCCUCCCCUCCAAUCUCUCCUCCGACCUCCCCUCCGACCUCCCCUCCAACCUCCCCUCUAGCCUCCCCUCCUCCUCUGACCACCAAGAGAGUCCAGUCACCUUGAGACAGCACAUUUCAAGUAGUCAUCUCACCUUGUUCCCUCCCACUGACCUACAGUGUUUCCCACCCCAGAGCCUCAGCAGAACCCUGCCUCAUACUACACAGUCUCAUUACCCUCUUGGAUAUAGGACCAGAUUAAGCUCAUCUUUGAUAUUUAACUCUCUCUCCUUGUCUAAGAACACUUUAGGUACAGCAACUGAAAGUCCAAAAUACUUUAACAGGGCCAAGUCACUUGAUAGACAUUUAACCAAGGCUGUAUCUAUGGAUACCGCUGGUGACAAUCACUCCACCUACUCGCCACCCAGUAACACAAGAUGGAUGUCAUCUUCUGAGAGAAUCAACAUGUUGGCGAAGCAGCCUAACUUAGCAGCCCAGGUUGGUUUAUCAAAAGCGAUCAGCCAACAGAGGAAUCUGCAGACUAAUGCCUCCGUUCAAUCUAAUAACCAAAGAAUGUUCAAGCACCAUGCAUAUUAUUCAGGUGUAUAUGACACAGGACAUUCUCUCUCCAGCCUCAGCUCCAGGGCCUCCCACAGGCUUCAGUCACCUCUUCACAGCCCCCCAGUUUCACCAGAUCAUAUGACUAAUCUCACGAGAUCCUAUGGCGGUACACACAGUGCCCCAGCAGACACAAAACGUUUGAUGAUAGGGGAAAAAAUUAAAGUGAUUGGUUCAGAGAUUAUUGAUAGUAAAAUACAUCAUAUCAGUGAGCUUAAAUGGCAGACUUCAAAUAAGGAUUUGUUUGCAUUUCGGAUUAGAAAUGCAGGUCUGCCUGCUCAGGACGCAAGUCUUACCUCUGAGAGAACUGAAAAAGAGCCCACUGGUUACAGAAGCAACCGGAAAGUAGAUCAGAUACUGAAUCGCCUCAGAAUGAUAUUCAGUAGCAAACGUAUUGAGGAAAAGAGUAUGUUGUUUGGUAGAAAGGGGAAAACGGUGCCAUCAACACUUGAGGGAGCUAGUGUCAUCAAUGAGAAUAGACGGACAGGGAAGAGGUCUCCAGAGAUCAAAGAAGUGCUGAAACCCACUGACCUUCAACAUAAUGUGGCAGGUCAUCUAAGACAACAAAACAGAGGCUGCCAUGGGCUGACAAUUUCCACAGUUAAAUUAGCAUCCAAGGAUGCACAGUUAGAUAUUCAUGACAAAGAGAGGAACACAAUAUCAACUGAGAAAAAUGGAAACCCAUCGCUGUCAAAAGAAGAAUUAAGUAGAACAAAUCAUCCACAUUCACCCUAUUUUAGUAGUCAAUCCCAUAAGGAUUCUGCAAGUUCUAGAACCAGUCAUUUUAGCCUCAACACAAAUAAUGAAGAUGUCUUCUCUAGCUCAUUAGGUAAGGACAGUAGAUCAGAUAGGCGUAGAGCUGCCUGUUUUAAACCCACACAGCUGUCAUACUCCAACAACUCUCCAACCACUACUGAUUUUGGCCUGAAACAUGGCCGCUCCAUCUCUGUCAACAACAUUUACUCAAACAGAACAUCAAGAAACAGGCGCAUCUCCACAGGAACUGAUAUGGCCCCCACAAGGGCCCUAAGGAGUCUGGAGGAUAUCAGAGGGCCAGGGGACCUUGAUAGCCCACCCAGAACCCUUCCCAGAGCUUUCUCUAGCACUCAUAAAACUUAUUUUAGUCUAAUGAAAACAGACAGCAUCCUAAGCCCUAAGAACCUGACAUUGCCUAUGCCUCUACAGUUCAAUGAGUCAUCGACUUUGCCCACAGAGAUUUUAAACUCACUUAUCAUUGAUCAGAAGUCGCAAGUCAUUCUAGGCCCCAUGGAACUACUGCCCAUCAUGAGCUCCAGUUUGUCAGACUUAGAGGAGUAUGACUCAGAUACCACUACAGAUGGAGAGUACUACUUGAGCAGCGAUGAUUGGGAGAAAGAGUCAAUACUCUAG